AUGGCGAUGAACCUGCCACCUAUCGGUGGAAACGGCGGGGGCGCCCAUACUCAACCUUCUCUACCCUCGUUACCCGCACAUUCACAAUCAGACACGCAGUUGACGGCACAUCUGGCAAGUCGCUUUCAUGUGUCUUUGCCAACUGCUCGCCUCUCAUCCCACGCCCUCAUCUCGCUCAACACGUACACAUCUUCCUCCAAGGGCCCCGAUGGCGGCAAGGAGGGAAGCGCCAUGGGCGGCGCCGAGGAUAUCGCAGACCGGGCUUGGAUCAGAUUGGGUCACAGAUCUGAGAAUCAGGCCGUAGUUUUCUUGGGCGAAUCCGGCUCAGGAAAGUCGACCAUCCGAUCCCAUCUCUUGACCGCGUUCCUUGGCAAGUCGUCUACUCCUCUCUCUACCAAGGUUUCUCUGGCCGCCUACGUCUUCGAUACCUUGACCACGACCAAGACCGCCACUACCCCCACCGCAUCCAAAGCAGGCUUGUUCUACGAGUUGCAAUACGAUACGGCCACCACGACCAACCCCGUGCUCAUUGGUGCCAAGCUUUUGGACCACAGACUCGAGCGCAGCCGUAUCACGGAUAUCCCAACGGGAGAACGCAACUUCCACAUCCUGUACUACCUGAUGGCCGGCACCAGCACGGCGGAGAAAUCUCAUCUCGGUUUCGAGACCCCAGCGGGUGCCGCGUCGAAAAGGUGGAAGUACCUGGGUCACCCCACCCAGCUCAAGGUCGGUAUCAACGAUGCCGAGGGCUUCCAGGUCUUCAAAAAUGCCCUCAAGAAGCUCGAAUUCCCACGUAGUGAGAUUGCCGAGAUUUGCCAGAUCCUCGCCAGCAUUCUGCAUAUCGGCCAGCUUGAGUUCGAGACCACAUCCGAUACGCAGGUCACCGGCGACGACAGUGGCGGCUUCUCCCACGAGGGCGGUCAGACUGUGACGGCUGUCAAGAACAAAGAUGUCCUCGGCAUCGUUGCUGCCUUCCUGGGCGUCGGCACCCAGGACUUGCAAACCACUCUGUCUUACAAGACCAAGAUGAUCCACAAGGAGCGAGUCACCGUCAUGCUGGACCCCGUCGGCGCCCGUUCGCACGCUAACGAACUCGCCCGCACGCUCUACUCCCUCUUGGUUGCCUACAUUGUUGAAUCCAUCAACCAGAGAAUUUGCGCUCCGGAAGAGAGCGUUGCCAACACCAUUUCCAUUAUCGAUUUCCCUGGAUUCGCCCAGCAGGCAGCCACCCAUUCAGCGCUGGACCAGCUGCUCAACAACGCCGCCUGUGAGGCCCUGUACAAUCUGACUCUGCAGAACUUCUUCGACCGUAAGGCCGACAUGCUGGAGAACGAGGAGGUUAGCGUCGCGGCCACGAGCUACUUUGACAACUCGGACGCCGUCCGGGGUCUCCUUAAACCUGGAAACGGCUUGCUCAGCAUCCUGGACGACCAGACCCGGAGAAACCGCAGUGACCUGCAGUUCCUUGAGAGUCUCCGCAAGCGCUUCGAGGGCAAGAACCCAGCCAUCACCCCCGGCUCGGCCAACACUAGACUCCCGGGCAGCAACUUCUACACCGAAAACACGGCUGCACAGUUCACGGUCAAACACUUUGCCGGUGAGGUUGACUACCCCGUCAAGGGUAUCAUUGAGGAGAACGGCGAGGUUAUCUCUGGUGACCUGCUCAACAUGAUCAACUCCACCAAGAGCGAGUUCGUCGCCAGGCUGUUUGGUCAGGAAGCCCUGAAGACUGUGACCCACCCCAAGGAGCGGUCGACCGUCAUGCAAGCCACCAUCAGCUCCAAGCCCACGAGAGCGCCCAGUGUCAUGUCUCGCAAGAACACUAGGACCGCCCGCAACCAGCGUAGGAUCCAGCAGUACCAGCAGCAGGACGAGGCCGCUCAGGACGAGCUCGACAGGCUUAGCGAGGGCAAUUCGCAAUCUGGCAACGGCUCCAAGCUGCAGGCAUCCGAGCAGGGCGCGUCCGGCCAGUUCCUCGCCUCCCUGGACAAUGUCACCAAGUCUGUGGCUGACCCGAGCACCAAUUCUUACUUUGUGUUCUGCCUGAAGCCCAACGACAGACGCAUUGCCAACCAGUUCGACAGCAAGUGCGUACGCACCCAAGUGCAGACCUUUGGUAUCGCCGAGAUCAGUCAGCGCCUGCGUUCGGCCGACUUCAGUCUUUUCCUGCCCUUUGGUGAAUUUUUGGGCCUCGCCGACUCGGAUACGAUUCUCGUCGGUACAGAGCGGGAACGCGUUGAGCUCGUCGUCGAAGACAAGCACUGGCCCAGCAGCGAGGUCAGAAUCGGCUCGACUGGUGUAUUCCUCAGCGAACGGUGCUGGAUGGAGGUCGCCCAGCUGUCCGACGGCGCAUCUGCCACUGGGCGGUACAACCUUCCGUCAGACGCUGGUGACGGCCUCACCCCCCAGGACACCCCCUUCGCCGCCUCCAAGGAGCGCCUGCUUUCCGCCGGCAAUACACCUCCCAUGUACGGCGAGAAGGGCAAGAAUGGCUACUUUGGUCCGGACGGGUCCGACGCUCGCUCGGAAGCUGGUGUUUCGGCGUUUGGUGGUGGCGACAUGUUCAAGAACCUCGACACCAGAGAACAGAUGGCGGAGCGCGGCAAUGAGAAGAGCCUGGAGGAAGUUGAGGAGUUUAAAGACAGUCCAAGUCGUAAGCGCUGGGUCUUCAUGGUCUACCUCAUGACCUGGUUCGUUCCGGACAUUCUCAUCCGCAAGAUGGGCCGCAUGCCUCGCAAGGAUAUCCGGGUGGCGUGGAGAGAGAAGCUGGCCAUCAACAUGAUGAUCUGGCUGUUGUGUCUAUUCGCCGCCUUCUUCAUCGUCGUCUUUCCCAAGGUCAUUUGCCCCACUCAACAUGUCUACAGUGCUGAGGAACUGUCGUCGAAUGAUGGCAAGGACUCCAACUCUGCCUACGUUGCGAUCCGCGGCGUUGUCAUCGACCUCGGUGCGUUUGCUCCUCGGCACUACCCCCCUUACGUCACAGUCAAGCAGCUGAAGAACUACGCCGGCAAGGACAUUAGUACUCUGUUUCCGAUCCAAGUCAGCGCUCUGUGCCAGGGCAAGGAUGGCUCCGUUGACCCUCACGUCACGUUGGACUACCGCAACACCAACCUCACAGGCUCUGCGCAGCUGACAUCGAUUGACUUGAACUUCAAGUACCAUGACUUCCGCUACUUCACCAACGACAGCCGACCGGACUGGUACUACGAGCAAAUGGUAAUGCUCAAAAACUUGUACAAGAAGGGCACCGUGGGCUACUCGGCGCAGUACGUCAAGACGCUCGCCAACAAGCAGCAGAACAUUCUCAUUCUGGGCGGCCGCGUUUACGACAUGACGCAAUACUUGGCCGGUGGUAACAAGAUGCAGGCCAAGGCCGGCGAGUCAGUUCCGGACGAUCAAUCCCUGUCCAGAUUCAUGGACGGAGCGGUCGAGUCUCUGUUCCAGGGCAAGGCGGGUACUGAUAUUACGGAGCUGUGGGACAACAUCUCGAUGGACGCUGCCUUGAAGCAGCGCAUGAAGACAUGUCUCGACAACCUCUUCUACGUUGGCGACGUCGACACGCGUAACUCGGUCCGCUGUCAGUUUGCCGAGUACCUCGUCCUCGCCAUUUCCAUCAUCCUGUGUGCUAUUCUUGGCUUCAAGUUCUUGGCCGCGCUGCAGUUUGGUGGUAAAAACAUGCCAGAGAACCUCGACAAAUUCGUCAUGUGUCAGAUUCCCGCCUACACGGAAGAUGAGGAGUCUCUCCGACGUGCUAUCGACUCCGCCGCCAGGAUGCACUACGACGAUAAGCGCAAGCUGCUCGUUGUUAUCUGCGACGGCAUGAUUAUCGGACAGGGCAACGACAAGCCGACCCCACGUAUCGUGCUCGACAUUCUUGGCGUUUCCGACACUGUCGAUCCUGAGCCUCUCAGCUUCGAAUCACUAGGUGAAGGUCAGAAGCAGCACAACAUGGGCAAGGUGUACUCUGGCCUCUACGAGGUUCAGGGCCACAUUGUACCUUUCCUAGUCGUUGUCAAGAUCGGCAAGCCGUCCGAGGUGUCCCGUCCCGGCAAUCGUGGAAAGCGUGACUCUCAAAUGAUCAUCAUGCGCUUCCUCAACCGCGUACACUAUAACCUGCCCAUGAGCCCGCUUGAGCUCGAGAUCUACCAUCAAAUCCGCAACAUCAUCGGUGUCAAUCCAACCUUUUACGAGUUCAUGUUCCAGAUCGAUGCCGAUACCGUCGUCGGUGCCGAUUCCGCCACCCGCAUGGUGUCCGCAUUCAUCAACGACACCCGCCUUAUCGCCGUGUGUGGUGAGACGGCGUUGACCAACGCCAAGUCCUCGUUCGUCACGAUGAUUCAGGUGUACGAAUACUGGAUUUCCCACAACCUCACCAAGGCCUUCGAGAGUCUGUUUGGUAGUGUGACCUGCUUGCCAGGCUGUUUCUCCAUGUACCGCAUCCGUGCUGCCGAGAGUGGAAAGCCUCUGUUCGUCAGUCGCGAGGUCGUCGAAGCCUACUCGACGAUCCGUGUCGAUACUCUGCACAUGAAGAACUUGCUUCACCUGGGUGAGGAUCGAUACCUGACAACACUGCUCCUCAAGUUCCACAACAAGUACAAGACCAAGUACACCAACAGGGCACACGCCUGGACCAUCGCACCCGACUCGUGGGCCGUCUUCCUUUCGCAGAGACGUCGCUGGAUCAACUCGACUGUUCACAACCUCAUGGAGCUCAUUCCCAUGUCCCAGCUUUGCGGUUUCUGCUGCUUCUCCAUGCGCUUCAUUGUGUUCGUCGACUUGCUGUCCACGCUCGUCCAACCCGUCGUCGUGGCCUACAUCAUCUACCUCAUUGUCAUGGUCGCGCAGAACCCCACCGUUGUUCCCGUCAGUGCCUUCAUCAUGCUCGGUGCCAUUUACGGUUUACAAGCCAUCAUCUUCAUCCUCCGCCGCAAGUGGGAGAUGAUUGGCUGGAUGAUUCUGUACAUCCUGGCCAUUCCCGUCUUCAGUUUCGCUCUGCCUUUGUACUCCUUCUGGCACAUGGAUGAUUUCAACUGGGGUAACACUCGUGUUAUUGCCGGCGAGGCGGGUAAGAAGAUUGUCAUCUCCGACGAGGGCAAGUUCGACCCCUCCGUCAUCCCCAAGAAGAAGUGGGAGGAGUACCAGGCCGAGCUCUGGGAUGCCCAGACGGUCAAGGAGGACGCCCGCUCCGAGGUUUCUGGUUACAGCUACGCCACCAAGGGCCAGAUGCCCGCCUCCGAGUACGGCUACCACAGCCGUCCGGGCUCCAUCGCUGGCGGCUACGCACCCCCGAGGGCACCCGGGAUGGGGUACGACCAACGCAACAUGUCGCGCAUGUCCCUUGCGGCCUCGGAGAUGGGUGGCAACCGUAACAGCCAGUUUGGUGGCUCACAGUUCUUCUCUCCCGAGGACAUGGUCGGCCUGCCCAGCGACGACGCGCUACUGGCCGAGAUCCGCGAGAUUCUGCGCACUGCCGACUUGAUGACGGUGACGAAGAAGGGCAUCAAGCAGGAACUGGAACGACGCUUCGGCGUUCCCCUCGAUGCCAAGCGGCAGUACAUCAACAGCGCAACGGAGGCGCUGCUGUCUGGCCAGUUGUAA